UGGGAGGGGGCAAAAGGGAGUGGAGUGCGCGGUUGUCCGGGCAGCCAUUGCGGGUACAUUGUCCGAAACCGCGGAUACAAUUGAGUGUUGUGUGCCACGCAAGUAAAAUCCAAGAAAAUCAAAGGUCAUCCCUAAAGAAAGGUGCUGCGUGUAAAGCCCGGGACGCGCACAAACCCCCGGCCCGAUGGCUGAAUCCGACAAACUGAAUAUUGACAACAUCAUAGCUCGGCUCUUGGAAGUGCGGGGAGCCAGGCCAGGAAAAAAUGUGCAGUUGACAGAAGGAGAAAUAAAGGGGCUAUGCUUGAAAUCGCGUGAAAUUUUUUUAUCACAGCCCAUUUUGUUAGAACUGGAAGCACCGCUUAAAAUAUGUGGUGAUAUUCAUGGGCAAUACUAUGAUUUAUUACGGCUGUUCGAGUAUGGUGGAUUUCCACCAGAAAGUAAUUAUCUUUUCUUAGGAGAUUAUGUUGAUAGAGGAAAACAGUCUUUAGAGACAAUUUGUCUUCUUCUUGCCUAUAAGAUCAAAUAUCCUGAGAACUUCUUUUUACUUCGUGGAAAUCAUGAAUGUGCAUCUAUUAACAGGAUAUAUGGAUUUUAUGAUGAAUGUAAACGUCGAUACAAUAUUAAAUUGUGGAAAACAUUCACGGAUUGCUUUAAUUGCUUACCCGUCGCGGCAAUAGUCGAUGAAAAGAUAUUUUGUUGUCACGGUGGUCUCAGUCCGGACCUUCAAAAUAUGGAACAGAUCAGACGUAUUAUGCGACCAACAGACGUACCUGAUCAGGGAUUGUUAUGCGACUUGCUAUGGUCAGAUCCAGACAAAGAUACAAUGGGUUGGGGAGAAAACGAUCGCGGUGUGUCGUUUACAUUUGGGGCUGAAGUUGUUGCCAAAUUUUUACAUAAGCAUGACUUUGACCUCAUAUGUCGUGCUCAUCAGGUGGUAGAAGAUGGCUAUGAAUUCUUUGCAAAAAGACAAUUAGUUACUCUGUUCUCGGCACCAAAUUAUUGCGGCGAAUUUGAUAACGCAGGAGCUAUGAUGUCCGUAGAUGAAACUCUUAUGUGUAGUUUCCAAAUUUUGAAACCAGCCGAUAAAAAGAAAUUAACGUAUGGUGGCCUGAAUGCGAAUAGACCAGUUACUCCCCCGCGGGGUGGUGGAAAUAACAAAAGCAAGAAGAAGUGAAAUCCUUAGAUUUGUUUCUUAUCUUUUUUUUUAAACGCAACGUUUUAGAAUUUCAAAAUAACUCCCUCAGAAAUCUACCAUCUUUUAAGACAUUAAGUUCUUGUAAGAGAAAAGAUGUUACUGUUAUUAUUUGUCUUAGUAUCGCUACUAUUAUUAUCAAUGCUGCUACCAUAUUACUUUCGAAUUUAUCAUGAAUUCCGUUCAGCUAUACUUAUAAUGACUCUUUAAGUAAAAAGAAAAAAAAAAUGAAAUCCGGAGGGGCAUUGCUUGGUAAACGAAAAAAAAAAAAAAGAAGAAA